AUGUCCGACCACCUUGUCGAGACCGACGAGAGUCAUACACAGGGGAGAAGUCAGGCAGUCCAGGACAUCGAACAGUUAGAAGACAUCGACGACCAAGAAAACCUCGACGAUGAGGAAGAGCAGGAGCACGACCAAGACCCGGAGGAGUGCGACUCGGACUCUUCUGACGAGAACGAACCUAUCGACCUCACGGUACAGCAAGACAUGGAGAAGCUGACAGAAGCCUUCCCCGACUUCAGACAAAACUAUCGUCUGCUCAAGCGCAUAGGAGAAGGUACCUUCUCGACUGUCUACAAGGCCGAGGAUCUGCGCUACGACCGCUAUAACAACAGCUGGGACAUGGACGCAAAGGACAACCACUGGACGCCGCCACCACUAAAGCUGGCUUCACAUUCUCAGUCCAACUCGAGAUCAAACCCUCCCAGGAAGCCACGGAAAUGCGUGGCAAUCAAGAAGAUAUAUGUCACCUCCUCGCCCACGCGUAUUCUCAACGAGAUCGAGCUGUUGCACGACCUGAGGGACGCCCCCUCCGUCUGCCCUCUGAUCACAGCUUUCCGUGAGUCGGAUCAAGUAGUAGUCAUAUUACCCUACUUCCGCCACCAAGACUUCCGGAAAUACUACCCUCAAAUGUCCGUACCCGACAUUCAGGUUUACUUCCGCUCCCUCUUUACAGCACUGGCCGCCGUGCAUGAGAAGGGCAUUCUUCACAGAGACAUCAAGCCAACCAAUUUCCUAUACGACCCCGAGAAGCAACGUGGCGUGCUGGUGGACUUUGGUCUUGCAGAGAGGGAAGGCACAGACCACAAACCAUGUCUAUGCCAUCUAGACUCGGAGGCGCGCAAGCAACGGAUACGCUCCUCCUGGACGGCGAACGCGACGCAAGCAGGCCCCCAGCAUGGCUACCCGAAAAACGACACGAGACCUUCGAGACGCGCCAACCGCGCCGGCACCCGCGGCUUCCGCGCCCCCGAAGUCCUUUUCAAGUGCACAGAGCAGACGACCAAGAUUGAUAUCUGGUCAGCCGGUGUCAUCUUGCUGACUAUCCUCUGCAAGCGUUUCCCAUUCUUCAACAGUGCGGAUGACAUCGAGGCCAUGAUUGAGAUUGCCACCAUAUUUGGAUCGAAACGCAUGAGGGCCGCAGGUCAGCUUCAUGGCUGUGUCUUCGAGAGCAGUAUUCCCACCGUUGGCGAAAGAGGUUUCAGCUUCGAGAAGAUCAUGCUGUGGAGCACAUGCCGUAGUGACGGCACGAACAGGUCUGAUGCCGUUUGUUCAGACGAAGAAAAGGCAGCUGUCAAAUUCCUGGAACGGUGCUUGGAGCUUGAUCCCAGCCGGCGUAUCAGUGCUGAGGAAGCCCUCCAUCACGAUUUCUUGAGGUUAGAAGGAGACAUCGAGGCAGAGGGCGAGGAAGACGAUGUCAUGAUGGUAUAG